AUGGCAAAAACCCGAUCUGGCUUGAUGGAACGCUCCUGCCACGUCUACCCGACUUCUUCAAUCUCCGCACCUUCGACCACGCCCUCGAUCAAUUCAUCGCCUUCCGGGCUUUCGACCGGUGCAAAGGCGGGCAUUGGUGUUGGAGCUGCUGCGGCUGGGUUACUCUUCAUCACUGUCGUCGUCUUCCUGGUCUGGCGACGCCGCAGGAGAGCGCGUGAUGUCCACUGCGAUCCUCAUCAUGAUGUGGUACCUGGAACACAGCAGACAGGGCCCUCUACCGAAGGGCCCCAAUCCCCCUCAAUGACAUUCUCAUAUACCACACUUGGCCAAUAA